GUUUCUCCUCUCCGGAGCUGUCUCCACCAGCUCUCUGUGUCUUUAUUUAGUCUUUCCUGUUAUCUGGAAGCAGGGAAGGCGCCGCUCAGUGCAGGACAGAGGGAGGGUGGAAGGGUGAGUGUCAGACGGACUCGUGGACCGGUCACCCCCUCCACCCCCCAUCUCCCUGCUGCCUCUGAUAGAGCUGCAGUGCAUCUUGUGGAUUUAUCUCUGCUGCUGCGUUGAGUGGUACCUGCGAGGACGAAGGGAAGCCUGAGCAGAGAGGCAGCUCACCCUGACUCCCCCACCUGGCCUCCCACCCUCCAUCCAUCCAUCCAUCCACCCAUCUGGACUGUGCGUGUGGAUGACCUCUGUUCUUCUGUAAAGUCGGUUCCUCAGCACCAUGAACAAGAUGAAGAACUUUAAGAGGCGUUUCUCGCUGUCGGUUCCUCGCACCGAGACCAUCGAGGAGAACGAGUUCACCGAGCAGAUCAACCAGCUCAACAUCCGGCACACUCAGGGCUUGACUCCAGAUCGGCUGGGUCCUCCAUCCCAUGACGCCAGCCCAGUGAGCCCUGAACCAACCACACCGGGAGCUCAGUCUCCAUCCCACCUCCACUUCCACAGCUCGGCCCAGCACAGACGUUUCUCCAUCGAGGAUGUCAGUAAGUGCAUGUCUCUGCCCAUGGACAUCCGCCUGCCUCCAGAGUUUCUCAAGAAGCUGCAGCUGGAGAGUGAAAACUCACCGCUUUGCAAACCUCACAGUCGCAUGUCUCGGCGUGCUUCUUUGUCUGAUAUAGGUUUUGGGAAGCUGGAGACAUAUGUGAAACUUGGCAAACUAGGUGAGGGGACUUAUGCCACAGUGUUCAAAGGGCGAAGCAAGCUAACAGAGAACCUGGUUGCACUGAAGGAAAUUCGGCUGGAGCAUGAGGAGGGAGCACCUUGUACCGCUAUCAGAGAGGUGUCUCUGCUGAAGAACCUGAAACAUGCCAACAUUGUCACGCUGCAUGACAUCAUCCACACUGAUCGCUGCCUCACGCUGGUGUUUGAGUAUCUCGACAGUGACCUCAAACAGUACCUGGACAACUGCGGGAAUCUCAUGAGCAUGCAUAACGUCAAGAUCUUCAUGUUCCAGCUGCUGCGUGGUCUGUCCUACUGUCACAAGAGGAAGAUCCUCCACAGAGACCUAAAGCCUCAGAACCUGCUCAUCAACGACAAGGGCGAGCUCAAACUGGCUGACUUCGGUCUGGCAAGGGCCAAGUCCGUCCCCACCAAGACCUAUUCCAACGAGGUGGUAACUCUUUGGUAUCGGCCCCCUGAUGUGCUGCUGGGCUCUACAGAAUACUCCACACCCAUCGACAUGUGGGGGGUCGGCUGCAUUCUGUAUGAAAUGGCAACAGGUCGUCCCUUGUUUCCUGGUGCCACCGUGAAGGAAGAGCUACAUCUGAUUUUUAGGCUCAUAGGCACUCCAACAGAAGAGACUUGGCCUGGUAUCAGCAGCAACGCAGAGUUCAGGUCCUACCUCUUUCCUCAAUACAGACCUCAAGCUCUCAUUAACCACGUACCCAGGUUGGACACAGAGGGGAUCGACCUACUGUCUGCUCUGUUGCUGUACGACACCAGGAGCAGAAUCUCCUCUGAAGCUGCUUUACGUCACCCGUACUUCCUGAGUAUGGGGGACAACAUCCACAAUUUGGGAGACACUGCUUCAGUAUUUUCCCUCAAAGAGGUGCAGCUCCAGAAGGAUCCAGGCCACCGCAGCUCAGUGUUCCAACCUUUAGGUCGAGCAAAGAACCGAAGACAGAGCAUCUUCUAGAGGCCCCAAAGAGGAGGAGAAGAGCUGCACAAAAAGAAAGAGGAGCUCCACAGUCAUCAAGGCCACACAACUCAGCACAACACACCCACCCUCCGUAUGCACAGUCCUGCAUUUACACACAAAUCAUGUGCACGCGCUCAUUUCCAUGGCAGCUGACCACCAUGGAGACACACAAAGUUUCUGGAGACUAAUUUGUACUGUACUUGAAAUGUCGGAGCUGAAAUACACUCUUCCUCAACACACACAAACACACACACUCUUGCACACAUUUGCACAAUCAGCCAUACUGCACACGCUGCCGGUACUCCCAGUAUAGAGCAGAAGUAAGUACACCCCAGUGUAAUGUUGCAUAAAUGUCAGUCAUUCAGAAUUGUAUCACUUUUCAGUUUCCUCUUACCAACAAUAAAAAGCACUCUUAAUAAAGAAUAUAUUGAAAAUAUAGACCCCAAAGUAAAAACACCUAUGUUUGCUGUCAUACAAAUUACAAAAUGAUUGAUACUAAACUGAGUACACCUUUGAUUUACAGUCAGCCUAAAUGUAUGAACAUGAUUAUAAAAUGACCUGUAAACGCCAGAAUUUUUUCAGUUUUGGACUCAUAUGUCUACAUCAUGGGUCCACACAUAAGAUAAAUGCCAGAAGAACUAAAAAAUCUGAUUGUAAGACUUCACAAACAUAGGAAAGCAAGCUAAAAACAGUCGAAACACAGUUGCAGCAGUAAUCAGGAGGUCUUGAAUGAGCCAUAGUACCACACAUCUUAGCUGCCAGUGGCCGUCCUAUGAUUAUCAUGUUGUCCUCUAGCCUCCAUCACAUAAGCUCUAGAUGUUUGUGGAGAAAACCAAACUGCAGAGAAAUAGUAUUUUCCUUCUGAGUUCAUCCCGACUGAAAAAAGUGUUCAAACCAAUAGUAGCAACCAACAAAAUGCUUCAAAUCUGAGGGAUGAUUUUACCGCUUGUCAUUUUCCUCCGUGGGAGUAAUUAACAAAGGUUUAAUUUCCCAAUUAGCAACAGAAAACCCCAUAAACACGUUUUCACAAAGACAGGUGACAGAAUUGAGAGACUGUAUCGAGUGUCUGAAGCAAAAUCAAGUUCAUCUUCUGUGAUAUUAUCAGUCGCAGGUCUAAAAGAGUCCAAACAUGGCAGCUACAUGUGUGCAGCGUCACUAGACAGUCUUGAUCUUGUACAUACAAAAGCAGUCCAGACAUCACAAUAGUAGCAUCCCACUGUUCAUCUGCAGUACCUCUACUCACAUGUGACACAUGACGCUGAACCUACCACAAUAGUUGUGAAUAUAAACCUCUAUAAAAAUGGAUUCCUGUGGACAGACUUGCCUUGCUACAGUGCCCAUGUGUUUCAGCUCGGUGUGGGGCUUCUGUUCCAUACAGUGUUAACAGCUGACUUUAACUCCAGUUCUUUGAAGUUGCCUUAGUAAACAGUGCAUGAUAUAUAUAUAUAUUUUCUUUUGCUUGUGAAGAAUCUAUAUUUGAUCUAGUGUCGCCAACGUGUUUAGGAGGCAUUUGCUUUGUGUCUGCAAAUAACUCACUAUGAGUGUAUGUGUUUCUUAGUCUCCUAUUUGCACAAACCAGAAGUGUCCUCUGAAGCCUGCUCCCUUCCCUUUGUGUCUUUCCUUACGUGGUUCAGAAAUAUCUAAUCACAACCCCAUUUAUUCAUUAUUACUUGCCAGUCGACUGGGAAAAUAUCUCCUACAGGGACUUUCUAGUAGCAAUUUGCUCUCAGUAGGAGUCACCGCUACCCGUUAUGUUUUGCACACCUGUAAGGUAUAGCUCACAUGCAGUAAAAAUGAACUCUUCUGUCAGUAGAUAAGUAGAUAGUCCCAUGUGACUGUUUUGGGUUUGAGUCCAGAGCCUAUGCUUCUGCACCAGACGAUAAAAAAAUGAUUUGCAGACACAAAAGUGAUGGGAGCUCGUGGCUAAGCGACACUCUCCUCACUCCUCAAUCUGCCCUGACGCCGUCUUCUCCCUCCUCGUCCAGUGUUGCUGCCAUCCAGAAGAAAUGUCUUGACAGGGGUUGAGGUCACAUUAAUGAAGGUGUGAGUGAAGUUGUUUAUCGAAUUCAAGGUGCAAUACGAAAGAAUCACUAAGAGUCUUAGUGGUAAUACUGUAGUGGCUUUUCUUUUGCCGUAGUCUUCUUCCAAAUGUGCUGCACUUUAAGAUCAGCCGAGACAUUGAUAAGGAGUUGUGCCAGCAUUCUUCAUGUACUUGUUUCUCUAUAUUGAUUGAUUAAGAAGGUAAAUGGUGGACUGGAUUUAAAAUGUUCCCCUUGGAUUUGAUAUCAAGUACAUCUGUGAUGAUUCAUCUUGCUGUAGCUCUUUGAAGAUGCCUCCUCAGUUCUGUCUGACUGAUGGAGAGAAUCCCAAGCAAGACUUUGUAUGUUUGUUCACACACUGAGAGUCUUUAAGAUCACAUGAGGAUCUCCAUAGGUCAAAACAUGACAGUCUUCCUACAGCUAAAGACAGAGGUGAACUUAUGUUUUCCACCAGAGGAACUGGGGUCUAAAUUUCUGGCAACAGUUGUACACUUCAGACUGUUGCUGCUUGGACAGUAGUACAUUCCAAAGGAUCUUUAACGUUUUUUGAAGCAAUAUUAUAAACCUGUAAUUGUAAACAUCUAGUUUUCCUUUUAGUUUGUGUUGGAAAUACUGAGUACAGAGCAACACAAGACAUUUCAGAGCAGAGUCCAGGCUUUCUUGUCCAUUUAUGCAGAGGACAACAUAAAGAGGCAAUUUUGACAGUUUUGUUCUUCAGAUAAACUAGUGUCACUAAUGUAUUUGUGCUGGAGGAAUAUUUAUCCAAAAAGUUUUCUCAACUCUAGUCAUCAUAGCAUUAAAGUCCAGUGCUGGUGAAAGAAAACAUUUCAAGAAGACAAGACGUCAUCUGAGUUAAAGUGGAGCAAUGAGGACUCCAUUAAAGACCUGGUUACACUGAAACAAAGCAACUACCUAUAAACUGUUGUCUACCAAAAAUCCAAAGUGGUUAUAGUUGCCUCAGUGGCCACAGUCAAAUGUGUCGUGACAAACCCAACAUCACAGAAAGACCAACAAACAGGGAUGUUGCUGUCAUUUUUAGGCACUUUUUCCUCUUUUGGUAGUCUUGCUGUGACCAUAACUAAAACUCAGAUAACUUUCUAAAUAAUCAACCAGGAACUUUAUUGAAAGUUCAAAUCUAGCCUGCUCUCUCAGUCUUUACACCUGGAUAAUUACCGGAUAAUGUGGAUGUGCUCAUCAGAUUGUUUGUUUUAGAAAAAAUGGUGUACAUUGAACCCUCAAAACCAACAGAGUAAAAGUGUGGGGCAAUUUAAUUUGCCGUUUGACUCGCUAUAAAUCACUGUGUUCCUUUUAGAACACCAUCCUGACACCCCAAUUGACAGUAAGACUCAACUGCGUCUUGAUUGAUUCGAUUACACUUCCACAAUCAGGCUGCAUGCCAAAUGCACAUCUGAAUAUUUCAACUGAAGCUUCGUGGAACUAGCCGACAUGAUUGUUCGUGAAAUUAACCUAAACAAAUGUUAUCUUUCGUAUCAUCAGGCUAGCUUUAUUGACUCCUUGCAGCAUGAAACAUGUUAUGGGCCCAGCACUUCUGCCAUGUGACUUUGGGCUGCAUUAGACCUUGUGCAUCUUGUGUGCAAACAUGAAUUCAUUAAUUUAACAAGCCAUUUUGUUGACGUGACUGUGAAUUAACGGCUUGAAUUUGAGUCUGGCUUAACUUUUGCAGCAUCACUUAGCGAGCAAAACUCUUCAUAUCUGCUGUUUACCUAAAGCAGCGGCAGGUAUAACCGCUGGUCACCACAACUUCUCAGAGUUUCAUUUGUUUUUGCACCUGUUAAGCUAAUAGUCAAUGUGAAUGCCACCAAUGAUUUACGAGGAACCUUCGCAGCUCUCAAUAAGUGAACAACACUACAAAAACUCAAACGUUGGGACAUCCAGUCAGUCAGUCAAGGCUGGAUAGGUUUGGACGAGUCUGGAAAUGGGUUACCAAUUUGUUGCCUUCUACGUAGCUUGAAUGGACGACUCGAUCCACAGACGUACUGGUCAUGAGAUCCAAUAAAAGAGAGACUGGUCAUUGAAGAUGGAGGUAGAGAAGCUGUAAUCAGAGAGCCAGGUGCCUUUAAGCCAAGCACUGAGCCCCUAAACGACACCAUCAGGGGGAUUUGUUUGUGUACGCGUGAAGAAACAGAUGGAAGUGACAGUAAAUAAACAGCCGGUGAAAGUUUUUCUACCUCUGCGAGUCGAGAAUGAUGUUGUGACCAUCCAGACCUCUGUUCACCUGUCAAUGAGUGAGAGUUCAGAUAUGAGGAAAGAAAUUCAGGGCAAACCUGCAGGGACUUCAGAGGGAUGUAUAGCCGUGGAUGUUACACUACCAACCUUCCCCUCACCCUUCCCUCAGUGACAGAAGUAUUACUGUGUGUUUAGUUGUGGUACAUGAAGCUAUUUUAAAUACUGUAAUGAAAAAGAAAUAAUAUAUAUGUAUUUUAACAGAUGUUUUCAUCUUUUUCAGUGAGUUUUACGCUGUUAAAAGGACACAAAAACAAUAGAGCACUGUAUUUAAAGUAAAAACAAAGAAAAAGAACUGCAGAUGUCUAAAUGUUUUAUAAAAGAUAAGUUUAGAUUUUGUAUGAGAUGUGAUAUUUUGUGUGAUUUGUCUACACUGUUAUGCGAUGAGAAAUUGAAUGUACUGUGACUGCCAAUGGGCAUCAAAUUGAUUGAAUAAUUAAUCAAAUAAUUAUUAAAUAAAGUAUUGAAAUUCUGGAUAACCUUUA